AUGGCAGGAAAGAGUGGUAAAAGCGGUAAGAGAGAUGUUAAAAAGUCAGGUGUUGCAGAUGGUUAUAGUGCUUAUUUUAAAGCUGCACAUAUAAAAAGAGUGUUUAAAGAUGCAACUGGUCUCAGAAUAUCUAAGGAUGCUACUAAGAUGGGAUGUACAGCUGUAACAACAUUCUUGAGGGAAGUUAUUGAAUGUAGCCAAAGAGCAGUUUUAUCAGAUAAAAAGAAGAAAAUCACACCAAGACACAUUAAUUUAGCUAUUAAAAAUGAUCAGGAAUUGAAUUUCGUACUAAAGAAUGUUAUCAUACAGUCUGGUGGUAUGGGUGCACCAACAGCAGCAAUGCUUAAGAAAUCAAAAGAAACUAAAUAA